AUGCCCGCCUCAUUAGCUCUUUAUUUUUCCCGGGCAUGUGGCCAGGAAGUGUAUAUCUGUGUGACCAUACAUAUCUGUGUGACCAUACACAUCUGUGUGACCAUGCAUAUCUCUACGACCAAAUACCCCAUGUACACAUGCACCAACGUGUACACGUACACACACAUACAUACACGCACACUGUAUAUCUGUGUGACCAUACAUAUCUGUGUGACCAUACACAUCUGUGUGACCAUGCAUAUCUGUGUGACCAUACAUACCUGCUUGCCGCUGGCGCGACUGUAUAUCUGUGUGACCAUACAUAUCUGUGUGACCAUACACAUCUGUGUGACCAUGCAUAUCUGUGUGACCAUACAUACCUGCUUGCCGAUAGCGCGACGAAGUGUAUAUCUGUGUGACCAUACAUAUCUGUGUGACCAUACACAUCUGUGUGACCAUGCAUAUCUGUGUGACCAUACAUACCUGCUUGCCGAUAGCGCGACGUGA